ACAUUUCCCUCGUCGCUUAACGUUCUGCUUUUAGAUAAACGAGAGGGAUAUGCAGAUAACGACAUGACGGUUAGUCCGUAAGUACCGCGAGAGAGACAUAGAAUGUCCCAGAUUCAGGGGAAUUAUAACUGCGCAAUUCGUGUUGAAUCUCCGUGUCACUGGUCUCCUUAGGACAGCGCGUUGCCUUAAACGAUGUCAGGAAAAGGAAACAGCACCAGCAUGGACAUCAACUCUGCUCUAGAUGAGAUGGUCUCUUCACUGUGGGCGAGGGCCAGAGCAGAGAGACCCUACAGUACAUCCCUUAGAGCUGUCAGCAUGUUCGCUCUCCAUACUAGGCUGCAUGGCCUCAGUGACUCGCCUCAUGAACUCGGUGCUCUCCUCUCUGGUGAAGAGCAUGCGCAGUGGAAACAAACACACACGCACACACACGCACACACACACACACACACACACACACACACACACACACACACACACACACACACACACACACACACACACACACACACACAGCAUGGCCAAAGGCAAGAUGAAGUCGCCAUCAUGCAGCGCUCCUCCUCAUGCAAAGGGGCGCUCGAGAUGGAGGGCACCAGCUGCAGCCCCUGUCUGAGGACAGCCAGCCGUCAGCCAACCACGGAGGCGCCAACGUAUGAUGGAAGACUUGACAAGCCAAUGGCUUCCACAAGGAGCGUUGACUGGCAGCUGGGUCAGAUGCAGUUGCAGAGUGAGUGGACCCGCCUCCAGGGGCUCUGCACGUGGAUGGGUCUGAUGUGAACAUCCCAGCAUUAGAGCGGAGAGAAGAGAGGGGGAGGAGAGGAGAGGAGAGGGGAGAAGUGGAGAGAGGAAAGGAUCGGAGGAUAAGAGGAGGAGAGGUGAGGAAGAAUUUAAAAAAAGAGAAGAAGAAAAGAAAAGGACAUAAAGGACUGUCUGGUCCAGGAAGAAAGGAACAAAGUGACAGAAGUGUUUGUUUUUUUCUUUCUGUCUUUUUUUGUAAAGAAAAGGGUGCUCGGUCGGAGUCGUCUGCCAGUCAGCUAGCCAGCCGGCGUGGUUGAAGGGAGGCAUUUAAAGGGACGUGAAAGUGAACUUGGCUGCACUCUCGCUCGCUCCCCCCCCUCCCCAAACCCCCCCACCACCACCAGCCUGCCCCCUCCCUCCCUCCUGAGUGGUCAUCUGAGCGCGGAAGCAAACUCAGGCGCCGCGACGCUUCUCCCCGCUCACCCACUCGCUCUCUGACCUGUUCACCUGCAAGGUAAAACUUGAAGCUGCAGUGAGGCUGGUGCUGUUGCAACCUCUCAGUUCUACAGUGGAGGGUUUCACAGACGCAGCAGUGUGGCUGGAUGUAUCACACGGCAGAGCAGUCGUCAGGCCGCAACACAUGGGACUCCUUCCCCUCGGCCGGACUCAACCGACCACCAUGGGCACCAAUGACCAAUCGACACUGGGCUCGCCCCUCCAGAUGCAGUGGGGGAAUCUACCAAUCCCAUCAUCCCUCUCAAAAUCACAUGGCAGGAAGGAACCAUCCAAGCAAAGCUCACAAUGACCAGCCUAUGGGUCCCCCUGGUGACCGCAUCCCCCAGCACCCCCAGAGGGACCAGAGACCUCCCCAGCCCUGGGAGUCCCGCUACGAGCCCCACGGCCCACGGAGGAACCCUGAGUGCCCCAGUGGCAGUUACGGCAUGGGGCCAGGAGGCCACCUGUCCAGCUCCAGCGGCCACAGCCAGCCUCCACGGUAUGGGGGUCCCCCGGCGGUAGAGAGAUGGUCCCAGGCUUCCCCGUCCCGGCUCUUCCCCGAGAACGCGUCGGCGGGCACCCUGAAGCGUCCGGCCCCCUCCCACCCCGAGAUGGCGGGCGUGCAGCGCGGCUCCCCCCAGCACCACUCGCUGCCCCCUCGCGACGACUGCCCCAGGAAGAAGAGCAAGUACACCAGCUCUGAGCAGGCUUUCCGCCCGCGGAUGAAGCACUUCCCGGGUCCGUCCCAGCCCCCGCCCCGGCCGCGCUCUCACGGCUCUCCCACCUGGAGCCCCCCGUACCGCGGCGGUGGUGCCCCCUGGACGCAGGCCAACCGCCGGAGCUCCCCGGCAGACUACCAGGAACCCAGUAAAUCGGACAUGAGCGGCCAUGCCCACAGAGGCCAUCCCUACCCCCUGGACACUCCACUGUCCCACUGUGCCCCUCCCCAGGGCUUCCACUCCAGCAAACACCCGUCCCAGGGCUACCCCCACCACCCGCGCCCACCACCCCACCACAACCAUCACCCCCACCACAACCACAGCCACCACCCACCCUCCUCCUCCUCCUCUUCCUCCUCCUCCUCCUCCAGCCAGCACGGCCACAGCCGCCCCCCGCAGCGAGGACCCAAAGGAGCCAGUGAUCACCGCCAGGCCCCCUCCUCACCAGCAGACUCCACCAGCGUGCCUUACAGUCCCACCCCACACCACCUCCGUCACUCCCAGCCACCUCCACCCCCACCCCCACACACCCCACCACCACGGAGGCCCCCGGCCGACAGCAGCAGCAGCAGCAGCAGCAGCAGCAGCCUCCAUGCUGGAGCUCCACAUCAGCAGCAGCAGCAGCAGCAGCGGAGCGGCCGCACACCCCCACGGGAGGAAGGGAGAGCACAGGCACGGCAUGGCAAGCACACGCCGGAGCACAGCAACCACGGUGUAGAGCGGGAUCAGCAGCACGGGAGGGUUCCUAUCAGCCCCAGACACAGCACCACCACCACCACCACCACCACCUCAUCAUCUCUCUCCCCCAAAUCUCCCCCUCCACCCUCCAGCACAGAGGCCGCGCGCAAGGCUGAGGAGAACAGCCAGAAAGGAGCCGCCGGGUCCAAAUCUCCCAUAACGCCCAGCAGCGAGAGACCGAGGCCACCCUCACCGUUGUCAACACCACCACCAUCACCGCCGGUCGCAGAGCAACACCAGGAGAGCCCAAGCUCCACCCUGCCGUCAACCGCCAUGAAGGACUCAGACCCCAUCUCCCAUCGUCCCUCCUCCCCGCUCGCUGACCCCAACGCCCGGGGCGAGAGGUCAAGGGGUCAGGUCACCCCGAGCUCUUCUUACCACAGCGGCUCUUCUAGCGGCGAACAGAGGGACGCAGGGUCCGCAGCGCCGGACACAGAGGCGAGCAAACGCAACCGCCCAGAGAAGAAGCCCCGCGAGGAGAGACAUCGGAAGAGGAGGAGCGAGCGAAAGGAGGCCGGGGAGAGGAAGGUGGAGGAGAGGAAGAAGAGGAGGGAGAGAGAGGAGAAACGUGGGGGGGAGAAGAAGGAGGGGAGAAGCUCGUCCCAGAAGGGCGAGGAGGGGAAAGCGAGGAAGCCGAAGAGCAAAAGCGUGAAGGAGGAAGGCAAGCGGGAGAAGAGGAGGGAGAAGAAAGAGAGACCAGAGGAGCAGAGAGGGAAGAAAGAAACCUCAGAGUCGCCACGGAAACGCUGUGCAGAAACGGCGGCGGCAGCCAAGCCAAGACCCGCAGUGGUCGACCAGCAUGCACCGCCAAGUCAGCCAUCAGCCAAUCACACGCUGACUGCCACGGCGAGUCAUAAGAAACCCAAGCAAAAAGAGAGGGGCAGUAGGGGCGGGGUCGCCAGCCAACACCAGCCAAUCACUGCAAAUACCUCAGGGUUGGCCCUCCCCCACAGAGCACCACUAGCCAAUCACAACAGCGCCCUGCCACCACACUCAUCCAAAGACGCCACCCCUAAACGGGCCAGAGAGGGACCACGCCUCCCUGUGAGGGACUCUUCUCAAACCAGCAGCAGUAUGAAAGCCCCGAGGCAUCCAACCAGCAGUGGAAGCAGCUCUGAGGUCCCUGCUAACUGCCCUCCCUCCACCCCAGACCCACCCAGCGGCGGAGGGGAAGAGAAGCCGGCACUCCCCCGCCCAGAAGCCCCGGAGCUCCAGCCUGCCAUGGGGGCCUGCAGCGACGACGACCUGGGCAAGGAGCCCCCGGGCAGCCCCCCGAUCCUCAGCCUGCAGGGCUCACCUGUGUCCGUGCUGAGCGACGAGGACGAGGAGGACGAGAUGACCAAGGAGGAGAAGAUCAUCCGGUGCCGGCCGGUGCUGCAGCCAAGCCCGACAUCCAGCCCCGUGUGCCCGUCGUCACCCUGCAAAGUCGCCUCAGUCGUCCCGGCAGGUGACACGAGGGCCGAGACGACGGGCACGGACCUCCGCCACAGCGACCUGGCCAAGCUGUAUGGCAUCACGGCCCUGCCCAAGGAGAUGGAGGAAGACGAGGCUGAGGAAGAAGACACAGAGCAGAAGGACAGCAGCAGCAGCAGCGGGGGGGACACGUCCGGCUCUCAGACUCCGCGACGUCCGCACCUGCACCAGACGGGCGUCGGGGACAUGUUCAAGUCUCUGGCCUCCAUCUUGGGGAACCACAGGUAUACGUACCGGGGGGGCCCGUUCGGGCGUCCGCCCCCCAGUGCUCUCGUCGGGGUGAAGUACUCCUCUUCUCUGUCCCUGGGCUCCGAAAUCCACUGCCAGGAACCGCCGAGCGCGUCCACGACGCUCGCCAACCAGACUACCUCAGGACAGACACCUCAACCUCAACCACAGUCAGAGCCCACAUCAGACGAAGAGAGAGACUCAAAGAAACUCUUGCUGGAGGAAAGACCAGAGCACUCCGGGAAGCCGAAGACAGACCACGACCAGGUAGACAAUCAGGACUCGGAGAAAGAGUCCUCGCAGCUCUCCCCCAAGAAGGUCUCAGAGGGGAGAGCGAAGAAGUCUUCGAACCACAGCAAGCCGAACCACAACUGUGACAAAGACCUGGCGAGCCAGCCUGGCGCCUCCGCUGUGACCGGCAGCAAGGUCGCGCAAGAGAAGAACAGGAGAGGAGAGAAAAAGAAAGAGAAGAGAGCUGAGGAGACAAGCAAACAGAUUAGGAAAGAACGAGAAGGAGCCAAGUGCCAGAAGAAAGAGGAGAAAGAGCGAGAGAGUAGCCUGAAAAGGAAGCAAGAGACCACAAAGGCAGAUGAACAGAAGGAUAAGAAGAAGCCAAAAGUGAAGAGUGAGGCAGAGAAUAAAGCUUUGAGUAUUUCCUCCUCCUCAUCGAAGACUGCCCCUGUGGGUCCCUCUAAACAGUCUAAGGAAAACAAGACAAGCUCUAAGGCGACUGACGCCACCAACCGCCAGUGCAAAGAAGAGAAGGUCCGGAAGGCCCGCGAGAAGAGCCAAGCUGGUUCUGGUGAGAAGACCGAGCAUCAUCCUGCUGAGAAGAAAAGCAAAGAGCAGGAGAAGGUGGAGAUCAAGACAUCCACCACCAUCAGCAACUCCAUCACCUCAGCAGCCAAAGCAGCAACCGUUGCAUCAGUGUCAUUGUCAUCGUCAGUAUCAGCAUCACCGACAGUAUCAAUAACCACAACAACAGCGAUGGCAGCUUCUACCACAACCACAAACACCUCCACCUCCACCUCCACCUCCGCCACCACAUCCACCCGCUUCCCUGGAGGCCUGGGCAGGGCAGACUUCCUCAAGCUGCAGGCCUUGUCCAUCGGCCCUCCCAAGGAGCUGAAGAUCCGCCUGAUCAAGGUGGAGAGUGGCGAGCGGAGCACCUUCAUCGCCUCCGAGCUGGAGAAGAAGCGGCUCCCGCUGUUGGAGAUCAGUAUUAAGAACACGGCCGAGGAGGUCAUCAGCGCCUGCAAGAGUGCGUGUGUGAAGGGGAAGUUCCGUGAGUCCUACCUGCUUCCUGCUCUCUCGGUGAAGCCUGUUCUCUCCACUGGCACCCCUAUUCCCCGGGAGAAGCUCAACCCCCCCACACCAAGCAUUUAUCUGGAGAGCAAGAGGGAUGCCUUCUCCCCCGUGCUGCUGCAGUUCUGCACCGACCCCAAAAACCCAGUCACUGUCAUCAGGGGCCUGGCAGGGUCUCUACGCCUCAACCUGGGGCUGUUCUCCACCAAGUCGCUGGUGGAGGCCAACGCGGAGCACGCGGUGGAGGUGCGCACGCAGGUGCAGCAGCCGGCCGACGAGAACUGGAACACCAGCGGGUCGGCGCAGACCUGGCCCUGCGAGAGCAGCCGCUCACACACCACCAUCGCCAAGUACGCCCAGUACCAGGCCUCCAGCUUCCAGGAGAGCCUGCAGGAGGAGAAGGACAGUGAGGAUGAGGAUGAGGAAGAAAAGAAGACGUCUCCCUCCGGCUCUGCAUCCAGCCCAACCUCUGGAGUGACUAACGGCAGCUCUGACCAGAAACCUACUGGAAAGAUCAUCAAAUUUGGCACCAACAUCGACCUCUCCGACCCGAAGAGGUGGAAGCCCCAGCUCCAGGAGCUGCUGAAGCUGCCGGCCUUCAUGCGGGUGAGCUCCAGCGGCAACAUGCUGAGCCACGUGGGCCACACCAUCCUGGGCAUGAACACCGUCCAGCUCUACAUGAAGGUGCCCGGGAGCCGCACGCCAGGUCACCAGGAGAACAACAACUUCUGCUCGGUGAACAUCAACAUCGGCCCUGGAGACUGUGAGUGGUUCGCUGUCCACGAACACUACUGGGAGGCCAUCAAUGACUUCUGUGAGAAACAUGGUGUGGACUACCUGACCGGCUCCUGGUGGCCCGUGCUGGAGGACCUGUACCGGUCCAACAUCCCCGUGUACCGCUUCAUCCAGCGGCCCGGAGACCUGGUGUGGAUCAACGGCGGCACCGUCCACUGGGUGCAGGCCGUGGGCUGGUGCAACAACAUCGCCUGGAAUGUCGGCCCGCUGAACUCGUACCAAUACCAGUUGGCCCUGGAGCGCUUAGAGUGGAACGAGACCAAAAAGGUCAAGUCCAUUGUUCCCAUGAUCCACGUGUCCUGGAAUGUGGCCCGCACAAUCAAAGUAACAGACCCAGACACUCACAAAAUGGUCAAGCAUUGCCUCCUUCAGUCUAUGAAGCAGAUCCAGAUUCUGCGAGACCAGCUGGUGGCCUUGGGCAAAAAGAUCUCCUACCAGAGCCGCGUGAAGGACGAGCCCGCCUACUACUGCAACGAGUGUGAUUUGGAGGUGUUCAACCUGUUGUUUGUGACGACCGAGAGCAGCAACAGGAAGACAUACGUGGUGCACUGUGAGGACUGCGCCCGCCACCGGAGCCCCAGCCUGGCCGGGGUGGUCAUCCUGGAGCAGUACCGCGUCGACGAGCUCAUGGCCAUCUACGACAACUUCACCGUGGCUCCCUUACCUUGCUCCAAGUGAAAUCUGGGCCUUUUUUGAGUGCCCCAUAAGCAGCCAUAGCCAAAUCCUUCCAGCUCUGACACUUGCUCCCUCAACAACCACUACUGUUCUGUCUCCGUGGGCAACAAGUCAAAACAAAAUAGACACGCACGUUUACACGUAUUGUUUACAUAACAGCACAGCUUCGGUAGACGAUACCCUCAGCUCCAUUGUCUUCCCAUCUACCACUUAUCAGCUACUUGAUCAGACACAGUCGAGGUCAUGAUGGGGACGACAAGAGAUUCCUGCUACCGGGAAAGCAUACCGGACUCGGGCGGAAAAAUGUGAAUUUGUGUCGGAAUUUCAUAUCAGGUCAUUUUAAACUACAAAUGGAAACUGCUGUGAUUUACACGAGGUGUCAGGACAAACAAAAAACAAAAAACAAAACAAACAAAAAAAUUUAACAAGUUGCUGAACACGUGCAUUUAUUCAGGUACUAGUUUAUUCUUUAAGUUACUCUUAUGCAAAUCUGACAGAAUCGUGACCGGUCGGGUUCUUGUGUGUCUGAGUAAGGCGAGGCAGCUGUGUUCUUGCUAGCGUAACAUCAGGGGAAUCACUUUGUCUAUGAGCGACUAGAUCUCUAUGGCGUAGCUCAGAUUCUUUUUGAUGAUGAUUCCUUUCACAGUGUGAUGAAGCUUGUUUCUUUCUGUUUUUUUUUUUUUUUUCCUUGAUUUUAAUAUUCUUCAUUGGGUGCUAUUUUGAUUUGAUUUUUUUUUUAAUUUAUUCUUAUUGUUAUGGUAUAUACUUAUUUCUAACAGCCUAGAAUUAUUACACCAUUUUGGCCUUGUGACUUGUAUUUAGAUAAAAGGUGAUUAAAAAACAACUGAACAGUGAAGUUUUUUUCUAAAGCAUUAAGAAUUUAAAAAAUGAAAUAUAUAUCUAUGUUUCUCCGAGUUCUCAAAAGAUACGGGUUUGCUUGAAGGCCGAUUUAGUUGCAUUCGUGUAAAGAAUCCAUGUGUGUGUGUGUGCUGUGGAUCUUUUUGUAUAAUCCCAAAUCAUUCCUGCUUCAACAGAGAUUGUCACACAUUUGUAAUUGCAAUGCUUUUAAGUAUCAAAAUGGUGCAGUUUCAUUUAGUUCAAUUUUGUUAGUCUCUCUUUUCACAGUAUUUUUCUUUUGUGUUUGAAAAUCUGAAUUGUGUGUCUAUUUAUUUCAGGGUUUUGUUUGUUAGUUAGUUUUCCUUGUUUGUUUGCUGUAUGUAUUUAUUAAACAUCAGUGGUGCUCCUUUUUUAAAAUACAGGAUUGCCAGAUUUUUUAAGUUUUAUAUCGUCCUUGUCUCUGCUCAGAGGCUGAAGAGGGGGAGGUCUGAUUUUAAAUGGUGCUCGAUCCCCCUCUCUGCCCUGCAAUGACAUGUACAUGAUCUAUAGAUUAAAAGAGAAGAACUAUAUCUUACUCUCUACUGGUUGGUGCUUAGAAGCGGAGUCAGUGCUCAUUUAUGAAUGGAAUGUCUUUGUACUGUAACAGACGACUUCAGAUUUGUUUCUCCUCCUUUUGAACUUUCACAUAAUUGUAACGUGCUUUACUAUUCUGAGAAUUAUCAUAUUGUUGUAAUAAUAAUGAUUAUUAUUAUAUAAACACACAAGAGAGAAAAAAAAUGGACAUGUGUAUUGAGGCAAAGAUUUUGUGUCUGUUGCCUCUUCAUAAAUAUUUUCUUUGUUUUUUUUUCUCAAGGUAGCAUUAAUCUUCCUUUCUCCUUAUUUAUACUGUACUGGUCUACCGAAAUCUAAUCACAGAAAAAGACAAACUGAGCCAGACCUGUCUUAAACACUCUGUGGUUUUGAUUAUUGAUUACAUGAAAAAAUAAAUAAAAACAUUUUGAUAGAU